CGAUAACCAACAAAAGAGCUGUCGAGAAGAUCGGAUCUGAGAACGCGGUACUCCAUACGGAGCAGAGAUGUCUCAUGUGGGGAGGCUGACCAAGGAAGGAAGGAGGUAACCACUUCCCUCAUCAUGGAAUUCAUUUCUAUCAUGCAUAGCAAGUUGAACGCCAUUGAUCACGACCGCAACCUAUACGUCCGGCCGUGCAUAUUCAUGAAGUGCUACCAGUGCAAUGAAUACGGCCACAUGGGCCUUCGUGCGACGCCAAAGAGCGAUGCGGAUAUUGUGCGGAAAAGUAUAGUACCAAAGAACAUGGUGAAAUAUACGGACCCUUAGUCAGCACCGUUUUAGCGUGCUAUGUAAGGGUCAGCAUCCGACAUAGAGCAAACUCCUAUCCAAA